UUAUUUACCUUGAGCCACUCACAGAUUUCAGAGGGAACAGAGUGAGAAUAAGUCUCGUUGCUGCCCUGGAUCCUUCCGUGAACCAUGAGUGGAUGUCCCUCUUUUGAAAGAAAGCUCCAAACGUUCCAGAAGCGGUCUGCUCAGGUGGACAAUGGGGAUGAUGCCCAGGCGGGAUGCAACAAGGCGACCAAAGGAGGCACCGUCUACGGAGAGUAUCUACAACUGGACAAAAUUGUCGCCGCUCAAUUGCUGCAGAGUGAACGGAAGGGAAAGAAGGUCCAUGAUGAGCAUCUAUUCAUUGUCACGCAUCAAGCUAAUGAGCUCUGGUUUAAGCAGAUACUCUGGGAACUAGACUCAGUGCAACAAAUUUUCAUGAAAGGUCAUGUUCGCGAUGAACGGAAUAUGCUGAAAGUCGUGAGUCGAAUACAAAGGAUCGCAAUGAUCUUCAAGCUUCUGGUUCAGCAGUUUAUGGUCCUGGAGACCAUGACCGCCAUGGAUUUUUUUGAUUUCCGGGAAUACCUGGCCUCAUCCUCUGGCACCCAGAGUCUUCAGUUCAGGCUUCUGGAGACCAAGAUUGGAGUCCCAGAGUGCCAGAGAGUCCCUUACAACCGCCGGCACUACAGAGACAGCUUCCAGGGCAAAGAAAAUGAGAUCCUGUUGAAGUCUGAGCAGGAGCCCACCCUUCUGCAGCUUGUAGAGAAAUGGCUGGAAAGAACACCUGGUCUUGAAAAAGAUGGGUUUAACUUCUGGGAGAAGCUGCAAGCAAAUGUCGAAGAGGGCUUCAGGUCCGAAACGAGGAAACUUGACCAAAAACCCAAAUCCGAGAUGAAAAAGGAGAUAAUGGAAGAUCUCCAAAAGCGGAAGAUGGUUUUCACUUCUUUGUUUGAUGAAAAAUGUCACAAUCAUCUUUUAAGCAAAGGUGAAAGACGGAUCUCGUACAAGGCCCUCCAGGGAGCGCUGAUGAUUUACUACUACAGAGAGGAGCCCCGCUUCCAGCUUCCAUUUCAGCUCCUCACCUCUCUGAUGGACAUCGAUGCUUUCAUGACAAAGUGGAGAUACAGCCAUGUCUGCAUGGUACACCGUAUGAUUGGGAGCAAGGCCGGUAUUGGGAGCUCCUCCGGAUACCACUACCUGCGCUCUACCUUAAGUGACCAUUACAAGGUCUUUGUGGACUUCUUCAACCUGGCCACAUUCCUGGUUCCCCGGAGCUGGGUGCCCAGGCUGAAUCCCAGCAUCCACAAGUUCCUCGUCACGGCAGAGCGCUACGACAGCUCCUACUGCAGCGAGGACUCGGACUAGCGCUGCUGGGAUGGGGUGGGAAGGCAGCAGGUUUGAAUUUUCAGGACAUGUAGGACUGUCUCCUCUAAGCGUAGCUGCACUUGCAAACAGUGCUAAGUACACAUUUUGGAGAUACUUGGCAUAUGACAGCAGCUGCUGACUGAUGUUUGCUUGUUCAUGUGAUCGCUUUAACCUUGGAGUUGCCCCAAAGCGUACUUCAGAAAACAGAACAUAACGCACAUGCCAACUGGAAGCAACGGGUCAAAACCAUGACUCUGUGAGGACUUGGAGUUUAUUGACCCUGCAAAAUAUUGACAUUAAGAGGUUGACUUACGAGAUGCAGAGCUUCCUCCAAACAUUCGUACUUUACUGCCGGAAAAUCAAUGCUCAAGUGCAGUAUAUAAAUACAUAAUUACAAUUAUGACUUAUAAUUGCGUGUAUAUAUUGUUUAAUUCCUUGUGCUAACUUAUUAAUAUACAUCUGAUGUGCACCCUUGUAUUUCUUAUAUCCUGUGGUACUUAUUCCUGUGAUGUGAAAUGUGCUGUGCAUUUUUGCCCUGGGAAUAAACAAUUUUUAAUAAA